UUUAAUGAAAUAGAAUUAAGAUUCAUGUGUUAUCUCGAAUAGUGCAAACACUUGAUCAUGGCCAGUUGCUUGAGAAAAGAAGUCAUGAAACUUGCAUUGGUUCAGCUAAAAGUUACUGCUGACAAAGCUCAGAAUUUGAAACGAGCGUGUGCUAAAAUAGAAGAGGCCUGCAAAGUUGGAGGUGCUGAUUUGGUUUGUCUUCCAGAAUGCUUCAACUCUCCCUAUGGAACUCAGCAUUUUGCAGAUUAUGCGGAGACAAUACCCGGCAGUUCCACCGAAACUUUAGCAUCGGCGGCAAAAGACAACAGCUGUUUCCUAGUUGGAGGAAGUAUUCCUGAAAGAGACAAAAGCGGAAAGUUGUUCAACACAGCUUGCGUAUUCAAUCCAAGUGGCGAAAUGCUAGGAAAGUUUAGGAAGUUACACUUGUUUGAUAUCGAUAUUCCAGGGAAAAUUCGAUUUAUUGAAUCAGAAGUGUUGACAGCCGGAAACGAGACCCUAACCUUUGGCGUUCCAAUGAAGAAUAAAACCUUGAAAAUUGGAGUUGGAAUCUGUUAUGAUCUUCGCUUUCCUGCUCUUGCCAAUUUGUACAGACAGCAGGGUUGUCAUUUGAUACUAUACCCGGGUGCAUUCAACAUGACUACGGGUCCAUUGCAUUUUGAGUUACUACAGAGAGCCAGGGCUUCAGAUAACCAGCUGUAUGUUGCCGCAUGUUCCCCUGCGCGUGACGAGGCGUCGGGUGGGUACGUCGCGUGGGGACAUAGUAGUGUAGUCGAUCCAUGGGCAAAAGUGAUCUCCAAAGCGGAAGCUAGUGAAACUAUAAUUUAUGCAGAUGUUGAUCCAGAUGAGCUGGAGAAUACGAGAAACUCCAUUCCAAUUUUAAAUCAAAUGAGAUUAGAUUUAUACACAGAAAGUUCGCCUGUAAACUGAGCUUAGUUGUAGUUAAUUUAUUGU